AUGACGGAAGUAGUAGUUCAACGCGUGAAAACGAAGUACCACUGGCCGCCCGUGCAGCUCAAUUUCUGGAUCUUGAUCAUGCUGGUCGGCGCCUCGACGAUACUGGGCGUGUUUAGCAGUUUUAUCACGGUGCAGCAGCAGCUUAUGGUGGGGAUACCAUGGUACUUCGCCUACGAAAUCACCGUCUCGGCCCUCGCCGUCUUCUUCAUUAUCGUGAUGCUCUGGCUGAUCUCGCAGCGCCAACUCCUGCCGGGCAUCGUGAUCAUCGGCUCCUUCAUCCUCUUCGUGCUGUGGCUCGUCGGCUUGAUCGUGAUUAGCAUACAGCUGUGGGGACCGAGCGGGAGCGUGAAUAGUAAUUGCCAGAUGUAUGUGUCGGGGCAGGGAGUGCGGGGCGCGAAUACAGCGACGUUGGCGUGGUUGGAGCAGAACAGUAUUUGCCAGAGUUGGACAGCAGCGUGGGCGUUUAACCUCGUGGGCGUAGUGUUUUUGCUGUGGAUGAUUAUCAUGGCGUAUCAAGUCUACCGAGACGAUAUGUGA